CCUUUAUGUAAUUUGGAGGUUGAAUCUUCUUCUCACUUAUUUUUCUCGUGUUCAGUUGUGUGGUCACUUUGGAACAAAUUUGUGCAGUAUUGGAGUCUUUUUGUGGUUUUUCAUACAAAUGCGCAGAAGUUUCUUCAAGCUUGGGAAGAUCUUAAUCCUAGGUCUGCCAUUUGGAAGUUCAUUCCUGCCGUUGUUAUUUGGACUGUUUGGAAGCUAAGUUUGCAGAUUCUGGUAUUUCAAUGGAUUCUCUAAUCGGGGACCCGUCUCUUGGGGAUUCAUGCUUCCCUCUCAACAAAUCGAUGGUUACUACAGUUCCUUGGUCCCCCCCUCCUAAGGGCUUUGUAAAAUUGAAUGUGGAUGCUGCUACAAAUUCGGAUUGGAACAGCAGUGGAGUUGCGGGUAUUCUAAGAGAUGAGGAAGGUCUUAUUCUAGGAUCUUUUAAGGAGGCCACGGGUCCAGGUCCACCUAUUAUGAUGGAGCUAAGGGCUAUUCAGAAGGGCUUAAUUUUCUUUGAUUCAGUGAAAGGAGGUAUUAAUGGUCGUUUAUUGUUAGAAUCAGACUGCAAAUUGGCCGUGGAUUGGGUUAAGAAUGGAACUUUCUGCCCUCAGAUUUUUGUCAGUCUUGUAAGGAACAUAACUAUCAAGCUAAAAGAAGUUGAGGGUGUUAUUAGAUGGGUUGCUAGGGCAGCCAAUAUUGAGGCUGAUGGGAUGGCUAAAUCUGCCAUUGGCUAAUUCCAGUGUAUCUUAGGGGUAUUUUAUUUUGGGUUUUUUCAAAUUGUUGUAAGGGGCUUCUUCUUGUUGUAAUCUUAGGUAUUAUCAUUAAUGAAGUUUAAGGCACUCUUUUCCUCCUUCCUCUGAUGAAGGAACUCAUUAUAAGUUCCUUAAUCAAGAAGGGGGUUUUUAAUGAGGCCUACAAUUCCUAUCAAAAAAAA